AUGGAAGAGUCUACCGGAAGCAGCAGCUAUGAAACUGGAAAAGAAUUAGAAUAUGAAGAUGCUAGUCCAGAAUCAAGUUUUGAACUCGCAUUUGAAAGUGGAAGCUCUACAGGAAGCAAGGAAUGCUCAUUGGCUGAAGCUCAAAACCGUCUGUUCUGCGCAAACGAACUCCUGCCAGCAUAUAGCGUGAUAGAUUCACCUGACUCAAUCUCUUCCAGUUGUACAAGGAAUGCAAGUAGAAAGCAAAUGACUAAAAGAUUCGGUUUGGAAGAUCUUGAUAGACCAAGCAACUGGGAACUGGAAUAUGUGAGGAGCAUACUCGGUAAUGCUGAAUUAGCAUUGGAAGAUUUUGCAUUGGGUGAUACUAACAAGGUCAUCUCCUCAAAUAUCUUUGUUCACCUGGAGCACAAAGAAAACGGUACAGAAAUAGAUGGAGAAGAAUGUUCGAAACGUGGGAGAAAGGUUUUGUUUGAUUGUGUGAAUGAAUGCCUGGAAUCAUGGUGCAAGAAAAUGUUUGUUGGAACAUGCUCUAGAUGGGUUAGAAUAUCUCCGAGGAAGGAAUGGUUGGCAGAGGAAUUGUACAAAGAGAUUUCGGGUUGGAAAAGCUUGGCAGACUUUAUGGUGGAUGACCUUGUGGACAAGGACAUGAACACCUGGUAUGGAAGAUGGCUUGACUUUGAUAAUGAAGCGUUUGAGGAGGGGCUAGAUAUUGAAAAAGAGAUAUUGACUUCUUUAGUAGAUGAGUUGGUGUCAGAUUUAAUGAUCUUGUAGUCUCUCCAAAAUGUGUUCCUUGAGCCUCAACUCAAAUGUCAUCAGGGUGAAAAAUUCACCUUGUUGCUCUUGUAUGGUUUCCAUUUUUACCUCAUUUUAAU